AUAAUGACCCGGAAAAGAAUAAAAACAUAAAUAUAGAAUGGCGGCUAUUUACAAUUUUGCAGCAAAAAAUAAAUAACUUUCCUUAAAAUUUAAGGAUGUUGACGUCGAAUAAGCACUGUUUCGGCGUUUAUUUCCAUGACUCUAGACCUAGGACCUAGUCAUCAUAGAGUUGAUAGAGAGUCUAUCAUUUAUACUCUGUCUUUAAUAUGAGAAGAAGUCAAGCACCAAGCCAAAGGGGCCUAGAUAUUAUAAAAAGGAACAGAGACUUGGAAGAAGAUGAACAUAAAAGAAAAAGUCAGAUCAAGCGACAUAAAACUGAGUCACCUUUCAGCCCAAAUGAGCAUAUGUCUCCCUACAGGCAACCGUUAACCCUCCUAAAGCCAUAUAACAGUAAGGAGGAAAACCUUUUAUUAACACAUGAGGAGCUAAUUAAGAAGAUACUUUCUAAGCCAUUCAAAGUGCCCUUGCCAAAUUAUCAAGGUGGUGGUUUAAACAGGGCUUUGGGAGUGCGGAGACAAGGUGCUCGUCAACCACUUCAUGACCCCUUUGAAGAAGGUGCACUGGUCCUAUAUUCCCCUCCAGAGUUAUCUGCACAUGAACAGAUGAAAAUGGACAUUGAAAAGUUACCUGUUCAUGUUGUUGUUGAUCCUAUUUUGACCAAAGUGCUACGUCCUCAUCAGAGAGAGGGAGUCAAGUUUAUGUAUGAUUGUGUCACUGGUCAACAAAUUGAAAAUAAUUAUGGCUGUAUUAUGGCAGAUGAAAUGGGUCUUGGUAAAACACUUCAAUGUGUAACUUUGAUAUGGACACUACUGCGUCAAAGUCCUGAGUGUAGUCCCACUGUCACUAAAGUGAUCAUUGUGUGUCCAAGCAGUUUAGUCAAGAAUUGGUACAAUGAGCUGGACAAAUGGUUGGGAAAAAGAGUGCAAGCCUUAGCAAUUGACACAGGGACAAAAAAUGAAAUAGACAAAAAUUUAGUUCACUUUAUGCAGCAACACAACAGAAGGACACAGUUCCCUGUGCUUAUCAUAUCUUAUGAGACAUUUCGACUGCAUGCUGCUGUACUCCAUAGAGGUGAAGUGGGUUUAGUCAUCUGUGAUGAGGGUCACAGGUUAAAGAACUCAGAAAAUCAAACUUACCAAGCUUUAACAAAUCUCAAUGCCAAACGAAGAAUUCUUUUAUCUGGAACACCUAUACAGAAUGAUUUAUUGGAAUAUUUCAGUCUUCUACAUUUUGUCAACAAGGGCAUAUUAGGAACGGCACAAGAGUUUAAAAGAAGAUUUGAGACACCCAUUCUCAGAGGAAGAGAUGCUGAUGCAACAGAUGAGGAUCAUAAAAAGGGGGAAGAAAAAUUACAAGAGUUGCUAUCAAUUGUUAACAAGUGCAUUAUUAGAAGAACUCAAGCUCUCCUGACCAAGUAUUUACCUGUCAAAAUUGAGCAUGUAAUCUGCUGUAAAUUGGGCUCUUUGCAACAGACACUCUACAAGAAGUUUGUCUCCUCCAAAAUUGCUGAGAACUUGGUGUCAGGGAAAGAUUCUGUCAGCAGUUUGUCAGCCAUAACACAGUUGAAGAAACUUUGCAAUCAUCCUGAUCUAGUUUAUGAUAAAUGCUUAGAAGGAAAAGAUGGAUUUGAGGAUACACUUGGUUAUUUCCCCUCAAACUACUCUACCAAAUCUGUGAAUCCUGAAUUGUCUGGAAAAGUUGUGAUUUUAGAUACAUUGCUGGCUUUGAUCAAAUCUACAACAAAUGACAAAGUCAUUUUGGUGUCAAACUAUACACAGACACUAGAUCUUUUUGAAAAGUUGUGUCAGCAAAGAGGCUAUGGAAAUGUACGGCUUGAUGGAUCCAUGACAAUUAAGAAACGUGCUAAAGUAGUGGACAGAUUUAAUGACCCAACAAGCCCAGAAUUUAUCUUCAUGCUGAGCAGCAAGGCUGGUGGUUGUGGCUUAAACCUAAUUGGUGCCAACCGAUUAGUCAUGUUUGAUCCAGAUUGGAACCCAGCCAAUGAUGAACAGGCUAUGGCUAGGUGUUGGAGAGAUGGGCAAAAAAAACAAUGCUACAUUUACAGGCUGAUAGCAACUGGAACCAUUGAGGAGAAAAUAUUUCAACGUCAAGCCCACAAGAAAGCACUGAGCAGUUGUGUAGUUGACAAUGAGCAGGAUGUUGAAAGACAUUUCAGUCUAGGAGAGCUGAGGGAACUAUUUACUCUAAAUGAGAACACUAUUAGUGAUACACAUGAUAAGUUCAAGUGUCGAAGGUGUGUCAACAACAUACAAGUCAAACCACCACCAGAUGACAGUGAUUGUACGUGUGACCUGUCUCAGUGGAAUCACUCUGCAGAUAAAAAAGGACUUAAUGACAUUAUUCUGAAAAGUGCAUGGGAAUCUUCUGUGACAUUUGUUUUCCACCACAAGUCUCAUGAUGAACAAAGGAAGACUGUUUGAAAUUUUAUGUAAUUCUAUACAAUAGUAGUAUUUCUCUUGUACAUAUAUUAAAUAUUUCUUGUACCAGUAUUUAAAAAAAAGAAAAGUUUUUUUUUUUUUUUGUCACCUUUGACUGGAAAUAUUUUCAGCUAAGAUUUAACAUAAAUAUC